UCGGUUAAAUAGAUAUCUCAGUUCAUAUUUGUAAUAAUAUCCACUAGAUGUCGCACUAUUCUCUGUCCAUUUUUAAUUUCACUUUAUCGACAUUUCACCUUCUAUCUGCAUAUUGAUUGCUGUUAAUGGAAUAGUCACAGCCAUUUUCAUACUAGAAGCUUUUUUGUAAAGUAUGUCGAGUACGACAACUGCGUUGUUGAUAAAUAAAAAUUAAUUAUUACUUCUGGCAAGGUUUAAUUAUACUUAUAUUGAUUAUUAAUAAUGUAUUCCUUAAUACGUGAUGAAAAUAAUAUAUUUCAUGUUACUUUAAAAAAGAAAUGUAAAAAAAGAAAGCAUUCAUACAGUUUCGAAGAUUCAGAUGGAAAUUUUAUAUCAGGACGCUUAGAAUGUUCUAACGAUGAUAUAGAAUCUUUACGUUCGAUACAAAAAAAUCUUACAUCAAAAGUUCCUAAAGUUGAAGUCACUCAAACAUUACCUAGCCCAUCACACAAAAAAAAACUUAAAAAUAUAAUUAUAUUAGAAAACACAAAAUUACAAAAUACGAAAAAAAUUCAUAUAAUUGAAAACAGUCUCAAACAUUCCAUUAAAAACAGCGAUGGGAAAAAUUUAUUUCACGAUUCGCCAAGAUUAAUAACAAGUACACCAAAUACUUCAGGCACAUUGACAUCUAGCUUGAAAUUAAACACAACCCAUACAUCAAGCACAGCAAUAAAUUUAUCUCUUAUGGAAUCUGAAUCAAUAUCUCAAAUUAAUGGAAUUGAUAGUGUAUUGGCAAAAAAUGAUUCUCAGAUCAUAUUAGUUAAUGAAUCAGAACAGUUAUCAACUUCUCUCGAUCCUUAUUUAAAUGAUGGCGGAAAUUUAUCAUUUGAACAAUCUCUUACAAAUUUAAAUAACGAUAACUUUAUUGGUAUAGUUGAGAAGUACAAUCUAACAGAUCAAAAUAAUUUUGAUAGGAUAUUUCUAAAUUCUCAAGUUCUUGAUUUAUCCGAAACCGAGUUAGAACUAUUAAAAACUAUUGAUAGUGAAAUUUCAAUAGAUGUUUGUUUAGAAAAUGUGGAAAAAAUUGAGGAAGUAUCAACUGAAAUGGAUUUUAGUAAAAAACAGGUUAUGAAGACAAAUGAUGAACAGUUGAUUUUAAAUAAAGAAGCUUCAGAAAAUCUAAUGCCUACUGAAGUUGAUAAGGAAGUGAACGAUUCGGAUCCUAGUUAUGCACCUGAUAAUGAUUCCAAUGUUUCUAUUGAUGAGAAUCUCUACGAAAAUAAUGAACCCGGAGAAACUACUAGCAAAAAAAAUGAUGUUACAAUAGUAAUUCGAGAAAAUAUCAUAUCUCAAGGAUUUGAUGUAUCUUUGCCUAUUCGACACGUUCCCUCAUCAUCGAAAGUAUCUGAAUUAGAACAUAAUCCAAGUGACGGUGGUCUUAAUGAAGAGAGAUCUGUCGGUCAGAUAUUUAAUGACAAAAAUGGCACUAAUGACACAGAAAAAAAUGCAGGACGUAAUUCUGAAGACGUCGAUAAAUCCUCUAAAAUCUCUGAAAUACCAGAGCAAUUGGAAAAUACUGAUAAGAAAAUUUUAGUUAAGCCGUCCAACUCAGGGAGUAAAGUUCAUGCGUGUUUAUACUGCAUGAAACUACAAACACGAUUACCCAGGCACUUAGAAUUGAUUCACCCACUGGAAAAAGAUGUUAGAGCUUUCCUUGCGUACCCUCGAAAAAGUUCAAUUAGACAUGAAUUAAUUGCGACGAUUCGGAACAAUGGUGAUUAUAUAUAUAAUAGUAAUUUAGAAGGUGAAUCACUUCGUAAUCGGAUUGUGUCUAGGCGGCCUAAUGUGUCAAAUCCCAAAGAUCCAAGUGAGUUUAUGUUUUGCCCUAGCUGUCAGGUGUCAGUUCGUGAAAAAACUCUUUCAGCUCACUUCAAAUACUGUACCGGACAAAAUGGAAAAAAACGCAGAGUCAUUAAAAAACUGGCAAAAAUAUAUGAUAAUGAUUUACAUCCUGAAGCAUGUAAAAAGUUACGCAAUCUUAUUGUUUGCAUGCAUGUCGACGAUGUUUCAAAAACUUUAAAAUUCGACACUCUAUUGAUACGAUUUGGAAAUACGCUUUGUGAAAAGUACAAACAAGAUCAGCAAAAUGAACUGAUUCGGAAUCGACUUAGACUCCUUUCAAAGCUACUUGUAACGACACAAAAAAUUGAAAAACAUACAUUCGAAAAAAAUAAUCUUGGUAAAUCUUUUAUUUUCACUCCAAAAAUAAAAAACAUGACUUGUUUAUUUCACCCACAACAUAUAAAUACUUGCAUAAAAGCAGUUCAUCUCAUGGCUGGAGGAAAUGAUAAAAAUUACGAUAUGAAAUCUCCGUCGGUUGCAUCUUUAAUCGGGACUUUGUUAAAACAGCUUGGAAAUUUUUUGAAAUGUGAAAAUAUCAUGAGUAAUUUGAAGAACAAAAAUGAAGAGAUUGAUGACUUUCUGUUGGUUGUGGAAAGAAAGUGGGCAGACGUUAUAAAUAAAAACGUUCAAGAAGCGCAAAUUAAAAAGAAGAGACAAAAAAAAAUAAUUCUACCCACGACAGACGAUAUUAACAAACUAAUGGAUCAUUUACUAAAUCAACAAAUGUUAGCUUAUAAUUCUCUUAAAGAACAGUUUUCAACUGAAAAUUAUCUUUUGUUGGCUGAAACAACACUCAUGAUUGUUCAAAUGUUUAACCGGAGAAGGGCAGGUGAGAUGGAACGGGUUCUAUGGGAAGAUUUUAAACUGUAUAAUAGUCUCAAGCAAGAUCGAUUCAAAGAAAUUAUGGAAAGUAUCUCUGCCCAGGCCAGAGAGUUCUGUAAUAAAUACGUAAGAUUUUCAAUCCGAGGCAAGCGUGGAAGAGAUGUUACAGUUCUAUUAGAUGAGACUAUGUUUAGUGCAAUUGAAAUGUUAGAAAAAAACAGAUUGAAAGCUGGAAUCCGUCAAAAUAACCCGUAUAUCUUUGGGAUACCUGGAAAUUCCGACGAUAAAUAUUGUUAUUUACGAGCUUGUGUACUGAUGCGUAAGUAUUCAAAGCAAUGUGGAGCUCAAAAUCCUGGGUCUUUACGUGGAACAACAUUACGAAAACACAUUGCUACCUAUUUAGUAAACCAUAAUGCAGCUAAUAUUGAUCGUACUAAAUUGGCUAACCAUCUAGGCCAUAACAUGGGCAUACAUGAAAAUUACUACCACCUUGUCAAUGUUGCUGAAGAAAUUUGUCAACUACCGAGAGUGUUAGAAAGUGCUUGUGGCGCAAAACAUUCUAAAGACAAAAAUCACGAUUCAUCUGAUGAUUCUGAUUCGAACUCUGAAGAUGAACAAUCAGAAGCUGAUAAUUAUGAGCUGUUUCAAAAAAAUAGUCUCAUGGCAAAUUCAUCUAUUAAUGCCGGCGAAGUAUCAUGUUCUAAUUCUCCAAAAACUUUAAGUGGAGUUUCAUUAGACAAAGAUUUGGAUGAAUCAAUAAAAACUUCGUGCAGAAGGCAAAAAUGGAAUGAGCGCCACAUCGAUGCGAUGCUGAAUCAUUUUAAAGACGAAAUAAAAGAUGGACGCUAUCCAAACAAUAAAAAAAUGAUGAAAGUAUGCUCUAUUGAGCCACUAUUAAAAAACCGCUCAAUUCCAGCCAUGAGAACAUGGUUUUCAAAUUACUAUAAGAAAAUAAAGCCAAAAAAAGCAGAGUGAUUUUGAUAUUUGAUAUUAUUCGCAAGUUAUUUUGAAAAUUAUUUAGUGAAUAGAAAUAGAGGAGUGUUGUGAUAAUGAGUCAAUCGCUCUUAGGUUAGUUAUAUUGUAGAAGCAAAUGUUUCUUAACUUUUGAUAAUGCUAGUUCGUUUGUUUACGAUAGGAUGAGUAGUCAAAUCCGAACAGUGCAAUGAUACUUAAAUAUUUAAAAACGAAAAAAAAAACUUUGUAGUCUUAAAAUAAGUGAUUAUUUUAAGUACCAGCUCCGAAAUAUUUGAUAGUCAAUUAUAUUUAAGUUCAGCGCUGAAUUAUUGAUAAGUCAUUAUGAUUAUCUUCUUCUCUUUAUAUUAUGUUUUUUAAAAACAAAAUUUCUAUUUAAUUGUUACUAGCAUUAAGGUGUUUACUGAUUAUGAUUCGCUUAAAUUAUAGACAUUUUUAUAUCAUUCAAUGCGUACGUAGCAUGAAGCUUAUUGAUGAAAAAAAAAAUUGUUAUCAAUAAUUAACAUAGAUAUACUUGCAAAAAAUGUUCAAUUUUAUUUGCUAGGAUUUUUGACAAAUCCAAUUUUUUUUUGUUUUUUUUUUUUUUUGUUUAUUGAAAUGUGAAUUGCAGAACUAUUUUUACAAUUCAAAAACUAUAAAUGAUUAAUAUGUCAGAAUUAUUUUGCUCACCAUAGUUUUUUUUUUUUUCGUUAAUUUAUGAAAUAACUACAUGAUUAUGAUAUAUAGUAUUUCAUAUUCUGCUUGGGUAGAAAAACGAUCGUAAUAUUUAGAAUACUAUCAUUUAUCAGAGAACAUAUUUACAUGAUUAUACUUCAGUUUGCCUCGAAAAGUUGAUAAUAAAUCGUUUUUGUAUUUUAAACGAUGCAUCCACAAAUUGCAGAUUAAUAAAAAAAAGAGUAUUUGACCACAGAGAAUAGAAUAAUCUUAUUAAAUUGAAAAGAAUGAUACUACUAAAAUCUUCACAGUUUUUAAGGUGCAAAAGUUGAAAAUAAACAGUUUUCGAGACGUAUAAGUAAAAAGUUACGUCAUAACAAUUUCCGUUUUAAAUUGUCAAUAUUUUUUGUUUUGGGUGAACGGAAAAGUUAUAUUUCUACUAAUUUUCUAUUUAUAAUGUUGAUUGUAUGUAAUCAAUUACUUUAAUUUAACUUUUUUCUUAUUUUAAUAAUGAUAUAACGAUUAAUUUUCAAUAAAUAAAAUUUCUCUGGUAAUUAAGCAUUAUUAGUUAAUUUCUGGUUCUAGAAUAUAUAAGAUUUUAUACUUUUAUGUUUAUGCAAUUACACAAUGAUACUUAUAUUCAGAUGCAUCUGUAUUUUGUUGAAAUAAACACUUUUCUUUAAGUACGAACGUUAUACUGCCAUACAUCAAUGUGAUAAACAAUUCGUUUCUAUCUUAUCUUAAUAAAUACGAUUAGAUGUUAAUAUUAAGACAUUACUCUACCAUCAAGAAAAUAAUUUUUGUUGCGAAAUUUAUUUGUCUUAACUUUGAAAAUGAUUAUUUUUGCUACAAACCGAUAAAAAAUAAUUGAUAAUAAUAAUUAACACAGAACUGUAUUUUAUUAAAUUUGUGAUUAAUUUUUCCGAACUCAAACUCAUAUCAGUUCAUGGAAUCGCGGAUUCAGUGAUGUUGGGAAGUCAGCAAAAUUACAAACUUUUAUGUACUUUUCAUAAUAUUGUUUUAUUAUAACGAACGUUAAUUUGGAGACUACGCUGUGAUUAAUACAGUGAAAUUUUCUACGAUAAUUACGGCAUAUGGUCGCUACAAUUUACGUUUCAAUUAGAAGUCUUAGAAGUUAAGUCAAUAUUACAUGCCAACUUCUUAAUAAGGAUCAUUUGCUCAUCAGAAGUUAAGAAUAACUAGGAAAUAAUAAUUUUGAGGAAUUUAAUAAAAUUUGAAGCCACUUAUUUAAGGGAAUUUUAUCAUAUUUCACUGCUAAAAAAAAUGACUUUUUGAAAUAGUAUAAUAAUUUUGUAAAGCUCUGUACGAUG